AUGUCUGCUCAAUUUACAACUCACCAAAUAACCUCUCUACUUGCUGCUAUCCAUUUGGAUCCAUUUGAUAUAGCGUUCUUAUAUAUGCAAGCUCCAAUGGAACACAACCCUAACCCUAACCCUAACCCUAACCCUAACCCUAAUUACAUUCCAGACUCUGAUGAAGCAGAAGAGAGACUCUCUUUUUGUGAUCUUCCCAUGUACAGCGACGUCGCUGAUUGGGAAAAUCUCUAUACACAAGAUCAAACAUCGUAUUCAUCGUCUGAGCAAGACUACUUCGAGUUCUUCGGCGACGAAUGGAAUACCACUACUGAUGCUGCUACAACUUAUCCGCCUCGAAACAUCAUUUUUUGUGGGAAGCUGAUUCCUUACAAAGAAUCGGUAUCUUGUGAGAAGAGUCGACAUGAGCUCGAAAACAAUGAGCAACAAAAGCACGAAAAGCGAGGGCUCUUCCGUUGGAACUUGAGCUCCUUCACCAAACGUAAGACCAUGAAAUCCGGUAAGAGUGACGACAAGUGUGGCUUUAAGGUUCAAAAAGUGAAGCUAGUGACUUCGCCGUCCAAGUCUAGGUGGUACUUGUUCAUGUUUGGGUUGGCUAGGUUUCCGACGGAGAUGGAAUUGAAAGAUAUGAAAAGGCGGCGGAACCGGCAAGCUGGGCCGACGUUGUUCUGGUCAGAUGGUGGCGGUGAUAAGAGCAGAGGGAAGGGGUGGGGUUUGGUUCGGGCUUUGGGUUGUGGUAGCGGCGGUCAGUACACAGACGCCGUCGUUAAGGCGUCACUUGGUGGCACAUUGUGA